AUGGGGAACAGCCUGCGCUGCUGCCUGGCCUGCAUGCUCCCCUGCGGCGCGCUCGACGUCGUCCGCGUCGUGCACCUCAGUGGCCACGUCGACGAGUUCACCUGCCCGCUCACCGCGGGCGACGUCCUCGCCGCGCACCCCAACCACGCGCUCACCGCGCCCUGGUCCGGUGGCGGCGCGGGCGGCGCGUCGAGGAAGAUCGUCAUCGUGUCCCCCGACUCCGAGCUCAAGCGCGGCCGCAUCUACUUCCUCAUCCCCUCGGCGUGCUCCGCGCCGGCCGCCGAGAAGAUGAGGAGCCGGCGGAAGAGCCGCGCGUCGCCCGCCAAGAAGAAGCAGCGACAUGGCAAGGUCGGCUGCUCCGCCGCCGCGGCGAGCACCGCGGAGCAGGAUAACUACCUGAUGGAGCUGCUGUCCGAGAAGCGGGGGACGAGCCACCGCCGGCGGCGCAGCGGCGCCCGCGCCGGCGUGUGGCGGCCGCAGCUGGAGAGCAUAGCGGAGGAGCCCUCGUCGGACUAG